AUGAAGGGAAGCUUGGGCAGUGCCAGUUUGGCUCUGAACACGAUAGAUCCUGAUGAGAGCAGGGAUAUUGUGAACAAGACAGCAGUGAGCAAGGGAAUACCUCUUCCCUUGCCUAUGCAUUCAAACAUGUCCGUUCCUGUCAGAAGUGAUGGUGUCUCUGAUGCACANUCAACUGAAUGCCCAACAACUAGUGAACCACAGAAUCAGCAGGAUGAACUCACGGUUGAAGGAGGGACAAUUAGCAUCUCAAGUGUAUACUCCCAAGGGUUAUUGAACAAUCUAACUCAGGCAUUACAAAGUGCCGGUUUAGAUCUGUCACAAGCUAGUAUCUCAGUUCAGAUUAAUCUUGGGAAACGAGCAAACAGAGGAUUGAGCUGUGGGACCUCUUCUCCCAAGAAGGUAAUGCUGGGUCUGAUCACAGCCGCAGCCUCUGCAGCAACAUCGAUAGUGUGCAUAGCACACAAUGGAAACACAGGUGCCAAUUGGUUUGCAAUCUGCCAACAAUUCAACAACUUCUGUGAACGCAUUUCGGGUUCUCUCAUUGGCUCUUACAUUGCUGUUGCUCUCUUCACAAUACUAAUCAUCCUAUCAGUUGUUGCAAUCUCUCGAAACUAAGGUGUGUUCCAACUGUUCUAUGCCCUUUUUCUUUAUAUAACUUAGUUUGAGGAAAGAAAACAAAAAUUGUCUUCAUGAACAUUUUUCUAGUGUGCAUUUGUGGUUUGGUAUCGAAGUGUGAAAAAUGUUGUUGAAUUGUGGU